AUGUUUCUCAUUCUCUUGAUAACGACUAUUUUGGCUGUGGCUCUGGUGCACCAGUGGAGAGCAAGGAGGCAGUUACCGAGAGGUCCAUUUCCCCUCCCAAUCAUUGGAAAUCUCCACCAACUUCUUUUCUACUGUUGGAAAAACGGAGGAAUCAUUGAAGGAUACGCGGAAAUUGAGAAAUCGUUCGGAAAAGUGUACACUCUCUGGAUUGGUCCCCUACCUACAGUAUUCAUUUCGGACUAUGACGUGGCAGUGGAGACGCAUAUCAAAAGAGCAAAUGUAUUCGGAAAACGAUAUGCUCCGGGAAUUAUGAAUUACAUUCGAUUCGAUAAAGGAGUCGUCGCGUCCAACGGGGAUUUCUGGCAAGAUCAUCGGAGAUUCGCGCUGACGACGUUGAGAAAUUUCGGAUUUGGAAGGAAUAUUAUGGAGGAGAGAAUCAUGGAUGAGUAUAGAUAUAGAUUCGAAGAAUUCUCAUCAACUGGAAAUAACAACAGAUCCGGCAGUUUCACUACUUGCGCUCGCUCGUUUUUUGAUUUACUAACUGGCAGUGUUAUCAACAAAAUUCUUAUCAAUGAGCGAUUUGGGAGGGACGAUCAAGACUUCCAAAAACUGAAAACAAGUUUGUCAAAGGGACUAGAACAAACAGGAUUUCUGGAUAUUUUUUGUCCAGUGGACAUUCUGAUGUCCAAAUGGCUCGCAUGGAAACAGGGACCAAUAUUUGAAUCAUUCGAUUGGAUUUUGGAAUUAACGAAAAGACAUAUAGCCAGAAGAGUCUCACAAAUUGAAAGUGGUGAACACAUUUUACAUGAUGAGCCUGAUGAUUUUUUGGAUGCCUAUUUGAUGAAAAAGGAGAAGGAUGAGAGGGAAGGAUUGGAGACACUUUUACAAAACUUGGCUGUUGAUAUGUACGACCUCUGGUUGGCCGGACAAGAAACAACAUCAACUACUCUGACAUGGGCGUGUGUUUGUCUUCUGAAUAAGCCAGAAGUGAUUCAGAAGGCUCGAGAAGAAUUGAUUCAUGUAACCGGAGGAAAUCGAUCACUUUCAUUGAUAGAUAAAAAAGUGACACCGUAUUUGGCAGCGGUUAUUAGUGAAGUCCAACGAAUUUCUUCAAUUGUAAAUGUGAAUUUGUUCCGAAUAAUUGAACAAGAUACAGUAAUCGAUGGACAACCACUUCGUGCCGGAACCGCAAUCACCGCCCAUAUCGGAAUGAUUCAUGUGGAUGAGGAUUUGUUCAAAAAUCAUUUGGAAUUUGAUCCAGAAAGAUUUAUAAGAGAAGAGGGAUUGGACAAGAAAUUGAUUCCAUUCGGAAUUGGAAAACGGGCGUGUCUUGGGGAAUCCCUCGCCAAGGCUGAGUUGUAUUUGGUUCUCGGAAAUCUUCUCAUAGACUAUAAUCUGGAACCAGUCGGAAAUGUCCCCUCAAUGAAAAGCAUCACUCCAUUUGGAUUUUUGAAACGACCUGAACAAUUUGAUGUCAAAUUUGUGGCCGUUAAAUAA